AUGUUGGAAGAGCUGACCUUUGCAGACUUUUCUUCCAAGUUGAAGGUGGGUCGACGAUACCUAGAUCAAGAGGACUACCGGGCGGCGCAGAUCUCCACGGCCAAUAGCCUGGCCAUCCUGCUGCUUUGGCUCCCGGGAUGUUCGCCACUGUCGUUGCUGGCCAGGUACUCCAAUGCGCCGCCCUUGCGCAAUGUCGAUGACACUUUGGACAUUGUGAAGCACAAGAUUCUGGAGCAGGUCGACAAGGGCUUGGCCUAUGAGGACGCCGAGGCGGCCGUGCGGAAGCUCACGGCGCCGGCGGGAGCCGCGGCGGCUGCGAGCAUCGAGGAGCGGAGGAUGGCACUGCGAAAGUUGCAGAGCGGCCUAGGCAUGAGCAUUGCCUGGUCCUCCUUGGUGCUGGUGAGCCCGUUGGUGAUGGGUGAGUGGGCCUCCUGGGCAGCGCCGAUUUGCUUCGCAGUGACCUUCACUUUGGUGGCCAGCUAUGUCAUACUGGACCGCGUGGUGAUUCCCUGUUUGGGGCCCCAGAAGAUUCUCAGCCUGAGCGUCUUGCGGGAGACCUUGGAAGAGCUCCACGUCACGGAGCAGAUCCUCGAGACCUACAGGAAUCUUCCGAAGGAGGAAGAGCAAGAAAGUUCUGAGGAUGGAGAUGCCUCCUCAGACUACUCCUCGGCGAAUGAGUCCUUCUUGGAUGAAGAUCCGGGCUCCAGCAAUGAUCCUGACGUCUUAGGCUCGAAGCAAGUGAAAAUCCUGGUGCGUCCCAAAGCCAUGCGACUGAAGAUGCACUUCGAGCUGAUGAGGUCCCUACCGGCAUGUGGAGAACACGUGCAGCGAUACCAGCACCAGGAGCCUUUGAAGUAUGGCCGCCUAUUGCACGUGCCGGGCUUUUUGCCAUCACUGCAGCCUCAACGUGCGGCGCGGAUCACCGGUAUGCGGAGCACGCGCAAGAGCGUGUUUACGGUGCAUCAACCCAAAGGAGCAGCC